AUGGCGGAGAAUCGGGGGCCACAACUACUGGGCGUCAACAUUGCCUUUAGCAUCAUUACAUGCAGCAUCGUUUUGCUGCGCUGCUACACACGAGCAGUUAUUGUCAGGGCGUUUGGGGUGGACGACUUGAUCAUGAUACUUGCUACAAUAUGCUACCUCGGAUACAUAAUAUCAUCUAACAUUGGCGUCAAAUAUGGCACCGGCCAACAUAAAUCGGACUUGUCAGAGGCUCACUACCAACGAGCGAUGAUGCAAUGGUGGUUUUGCUACUUAUUCUUUAGCAUCACGAUGAUUACGUCAAAGCUGUCAUUCGCAUGGUUCCUCCUCCGAAUUAUCAACAAAAAAGCUCACGCCUGGAUCAUUUAUUCGGCAUCCAUGUGCACAGUGGUCGGGGGCGUAGUCUUCUUCUUCGUUACCCUGCUGCAGUGCCAUCCCAUUUCGCACUAUUGGGACAAGACGGACUCCGGUCACUGCAUCAGCAUGGACAUAAUAAUUGCGCUGGGAUAUUUGUACAGCGCCUUUAGUGUUGUCACCGAUUUUGCAUUUGCCAUAUUGCCUGGAUUCGUUGUUUGGCAUCUCAAUCUCCAGAAGCGGGCGAGAUUAGUCGUGAUUAUUCUCAUCACCAUGGGAUGUGUUGCCAGUGCGGCGGUAGCUGUCCGAAUGCCAUUUUUAAAGUCUUUCAACGACCCCGAUUUUCUAUGGGCAACGACCGAUAUUGCCAUUUGGACCACGAUUGAGAUGAGUUUGGCCAUCAGUGCAGCUAGUAUAUCCACUCUACGACCACUUGUCAAGGCCGUAGGUUGGAAAUUUGGGCUCAGCUCCCAACGCACUGGCGGCAGCAAUUUGUACGGUGCGAAUGGCCGACGCAGCAGGCUACCAAGCUUCCACAACGCGUCUUCUAAAAAGCUCGGCCAUCACGUGUACAUCAAGUCAGAAUUCUCUCAAGAUGCAUCUUGUCCCGGUGGCGACCCAAGGUGGAAAAUUGGAACACAGGCUACCGCCUAUGCUGCCAAUUCGGACGGCGGGAGAAAGGAUGCGUCAUUUGGCACCGGUGACGGAAGCUUUGAGUGCUUGGAGCUAAGCAACUCAGAUAGAGGUGCAGAGGAGGGAUAUGCAAGUAAAGUGUCUCCAAAAUAUUUUCUGUAUUAG